AUGCCUACCAGAGGGUCAAGACGGGGAAACGGGUCCUCAACCACAAGAUCCUCAUCAAGCGCAUCAUCCGGGCAUAGCAGCCUCGCACGGAUAAUCUCGGAGUUGAGAGCCACUGCGGUCCGCGCGAGAAACUUUCCAGAAGAUCCGACAGUGACCCCUUUUUCGGCUGGUCAGUUCCAAACUCUGUCAAACCAUCUUCGCAACCAUCUUGUUGAGUUUGACCCGUUCGAACGUGUGAGUACAUACCUCACCCGUGCCGACGUUUUCCAAACGGAUGUAUACAAUGCGGUUCAUACUCUCAUCAAUGGCAUCCAUGAACAACGGGGAAUGAAUCUUGAAACGCUGGAUUACCUUAUGGAGGUCAUUGAUAUCUGGUCCAACAGACCAGCCGGCGAGUUUUCCUGGGAAUUCAGCCGUCGACUAUGUUUCUUCCUGCUACGGCUCGACCCAUCAAGUGCCAAUCCAGUGCGCUUUCAAUUCUCCCUCUCAAUUCCACUAGCCGCGAUGUUCAUGGAAUUCCUUCGCGCAGACUAUCCCAAUCCCGCUCCUGCACCUCCAAGCCCGCCCCCACGAUACUCUGGAGAUAGGCGCAUUGUGAUUGUGGAACAGCCUUGGACAUUCUCCCCCGAAUCUGAGACCCCAGGUCCACCGUAUUCGCCAGGCAAAGUCGCCGACCUAUUGCUGCCUGACAUUCCCCGGCGACAGUUGACUACUGCGAUUUUGAACGAGCAUACAAAGGAUUCGGAUACCAAGCAGGUAACAUGCGUUAUCUGCACGGAGAGGAUAGGGUUACGAAAUAUGAUGACUCGAUUGCCCUGUGGGCAUAUGUUCCACACGCCGUGUAUCGCACAUGUUUUUUAUUAUAGGGACUAUGGGGGAGAAUCUCGUCCGUGUCCCUGCUGUCGCUAUGAGUGUGGGCCUGUGCCUGACUGGGAGGAGAUUGCGGAUGCUAGAAAGCGAUCUAGAGAGCUGGACCUGGACUAUUUGGGAGAGGAGCUAGGGGAGCCUCUGACAAAGAGGACACGGCGGGCUUAA